GACACUCUAUUAUCCAAGCUCGUCCCGCGACUUUCUGUCGUCUCUACGAGCCGAUACCGUCACCUGCAACGUACCACAUUGUGGCAACGUCUCCCUUCUACAGAGGCGCCAUUUGACAAGAAAGCCUUAUCACAUGCUAUUCGCAACCUGUAUACUACCGAUUUUGAAUCUACUCUUCUUGGCCCACGCGCUAAAUUGCUCUCUGCUUGUCGUCCUACACUGGGUGUCGAUCCAAUCGUUUGGCUCCCGAUGCAAUACCACCAUCGAAGUCGUCUCAUACGUUGGCGUCUUGGCUGGAUGCCGAAUGGUCGUCCGGAGGCUAUCUGCCGCAAUUGUUCAGAUCGCCAUCACCUAUCUCGGGACCAUGUCAUCAUCUGUCUACAAGCUCCUCUUGUAAUCCUGGAUCCUAUCUCCUUCAUUCUCAACUCGUUACCA